AUGGCGGAAACAAGCUCAAAAAUCCCUGUGACAGUUUUCACAGGAUUCCUUGGUUCUGGUAAAACAACUAUUAUUAUUUCUUUAUUGAAACGUGUUCCAAAGAGUUACAAAAUUUGUUUGUUAAAAAAUGAAUUUGGUGACAUGAAAGUUGAUAGUGAGCUGGUUCGUGAAAGUAAUAUUGAAGUCCAAGAGAUGUUAAACGGUUGCCUUUGCUGUGUUCUAGUUGGUCAAAUGAAAACAGCUUUAUUGGAACUUAAAGAAAAAUACAAUCCUGAUCGAAUAAUCAUCGAAACAAGUGGUUCGGCAUUCCCAGCACCAAUUGCAUUACAAAUUCGCGAGAUGAAUAAUAAUGGGUUCAUAUUGGACAGCAUUGUAACAGUUAUUGAUUGUGAAAAUUUUAGUGGUUAUGAAGAUACAAGUUAUACAGCUAAGAUGCAAGCUCAAUAUACCGAUGUGAUUUUAUUGAAUAAACAUGAAUUGGUUAACAUUGUAAUAGAUCAUGUCAAUGAUUUGAAUACUGAUACACCUAAGAUCAAAUGCGAAGGAAAAACCGGCGUAUCCAUUGAUUUGAUCUUUGGCCUUGAUACAAAAUUAUUUAAUUCAAUUACAAGUAGCAAUGACAACAACAAGAAGGAAAAAAAUAGUAAAGAUGAUAAUACAAUAUUAAAUUAUAGAGAGUUAAUUGAUGAAAAUCAUCACGAAAAUGAGAUUGAUUUAAUACAAAUAUUUAUUAGUCACGAAGUAAGAGGAAGAGGAGAAGUAAUAGAAGGAGAUGAUGAUAACAAUGAUAAUAAUAUAUUUACCAAGAAGUAUUUCAUUAAUUUUCUUAAAUCUUUAUCAAAAGAUGACGUUUAUCGAUUAAAAGGCUUUGAAUGA